AUGAUAUAUAGCAAUAUUUUAUCUAAAUUAUAAAUAGAAUCUCAUCAAUGGAUAUAAUUAGAAUAUGAAUUAAGUACAACUAACUUAGAAUUUUAAUGUUUGUCCAUAGAAGCAGAUGUAUGUAAAUAUAAAUUUAAAUUAUUCAAGAUUAUAGUUUAGUUUUUAAGUAAACACCUUAAGUUAAAAUUCCUACUUUGUAAAACAGCAAAAACUUAUAGUCUAAAGUAAAUGUAUAAGAAUAAUUAAUAACUAAUUAAUCAAAUUUUAAUGUUGACGUAAUCUAUAUUGGUCUCUACAAUAAUCAAACUAACCCUAUUGAAUUACAAUUUAAAAUUGUUACAUAUUAUGAAGAUGAUCAGUCUCUUUAUGAGCGCAAUAAAAUAAUUAUUAUCAUAACUGUUUGUGUUAUUGCCGCUCUUUUAUUAUUUACAAUAGGAUUAUCUGCAUUAAGAACUAGAAAAAAAAGAUUAAUUCGAAAAUAAGUAUAGGAAGCUAUUCGCAGGAAUUUAAAUUAAUAAGGAAAUAUAGAUUAACAAUCUCCUUUUAGAUAAGCAAAUCCAUCUAUUUAUAAAGGUAUAUAUACUCAUUAUUAUAUUAUGAAGGUUUCUAAAUAAGAUUUAUUAAAGAUCAUUUUAAAGCAAAUUAUUAUAAUAAAUUUCUUACAACUUAUCCUGGAUUAUCAUAAUUCGAAGAAUGUGCAGUUUGUUUAGAAUCAAUGAAGAAAGCUAAUAAUAAAUUAUUAAAUGUUUGUCUUUAAGAAUGUUGGCAUUGA